AUGACUGGUCUUGGAGCAGCAGAGGCAUCCGAGAACAACGACGAUGACAAGGUGACAAAGAACAAUGCCAGGCUUCUUCGCGAAGGGAAAGACAUUGUGGAUCGUCUCCUGUUGACUCUGGUGGAGCCAUCAGCACCAGACAAGAUGAAGGACACGAUCAUCCAAUCAGCAUGCACGAAAUAUGACCUGUUGACUAAUGUAUCGUCGUGGCUGAAGCGGACAACGUGUGAAAUGGCCGAGUAUGAUACGAAGAGUGGCUACAGACUAUUUACUCCGUUUACAAGAUCCAACUAUGGGAACAUUACCUCAAAUCUCAAGAGCAAAAUCACUAAUUACCGCAUCCGACAAUGA